ACUUCUGUACUAACUUAAAUAUGUAAUUAUCCAAUUCAAUAUUACUAAUAAUUUACAGUAGUUUUAGUUCUACCCUAACACUAACCCCUUUUUUCAGGCGCCUAUGGAGAAGUAGCCUUGUUAUAAAUCUUACAACACAACUCACACCUGACUGGUGCACUGAUCCAAGCCACAGUGUGAAGUCUUGAUGCCUCCACUGCUGGCACCUGUUCCAGUGACCUCCACUGACUCCAGCCCUGUGGGCUGCACAUCCACAUCUGUCAACUCUACAUGAGUGCUUUUAAAAUACAUGAAGCCCUGCUGCAGCAUCGUUUAGAACUGAUUAAAGAGAGUGCUAACAGUGGCCACACCCCUUUGGUACAUACACCCACAGAUCAGAAAGAAAUGCUUAGGAAGUCCAAAGCCUCUACUAAACUUUGAAACACGCAUUUAAUCAAGUAAAACAGGAAACUAGUCUCUGUCUAAGACAAGCCAGUGAUAUCAGGUAGGUAUUCUGUGCACACAGUGCCUCCUUCUGGCAGAAAGAGACAUUUGCGCUAUUGCCAAAAACGUGUCAUUUAUUAAACUGUCCUUAUGACAAGAAGCAAGAGCUUGAAUUAAUCAAUAAUAGAACUAAGACACCUGAGAGUAGUGUGAGUACACAGGCGUCAUUUUAUGCAGUAAUAUUGUGUUUUUAAUAUAUGGAGGAAUGAACUGGUGUGAAUAGACUUAUUCUAUGAUGAUGCUGUAUAUAAUUAUAUUAUUAGACAGUAAUAUAUUACAUAAACAUUUGAAUGUUAACAUAGAAACGUGUUUUGAUAAAGUUUCAAAAAACUAAAAAAAAGCCUUAAUGAACUUUAGAGUUUUAACCUGAAAAUAGAAAUAAAUUGAUCCCCAACUACCCUUUAACAGGGACAACGGUCAAGAUAUUAGGAUAUAUUCAGAAAACUGGGUUUUAGGUUAGGGUGUGAGAAUGAUACACCGACAUAUCGCAAUAUUUUGUUUCACACACUGUAUCGAGUAUAUCGUAUGACCAGAAAUCCAUCCAUUCGGUUCAUAAUCCUAUUACAAAAAUUCAAAUACUGUAGAGUCCUGACAUACAGAGCUGGAUCUGUAAUCAGUACAGGGUUGGAAAAAAUAUGGGAAAUGUCAGAGACGAAUGUUUUGAACGAGUGUUUUGUUUUGUGGGGGCUGUUAGGGAGGCUCUGCCCUACUUCCAGCAAAAACCCUCGCACCGCCCCUGCUGUUGGUGAAGCAUCAGAAGGGAUUUAAUCGCAGCUGAAGUUGUCUGUUCAAACUGUCGGGUGCUGCGUUCAUUCUCGAAAGCUUCCCAAACUCGGCCUCUCUGCAGCGGACACAGAGGACGUUUUUCUCCGCGGUGUGACACGCUGCUCUCCUCUGCCUGGAUGCUGAUGAGCUGCGGCUAACGGCAGGAUGGGGCUCGGCAUCGCCAGUGGAGUCGUCCCGAAGCCUGGAUCUGUCCGUCUGCUGGGGCCUUUCUCUGGCCUCUGAACAAAAGCAUCUUUUUUUCAUCCGGAGCUGACUGGAGCUUUUGUGUGUUGCUGCUGCUGUUGUUGUUAUUCCUGGAGAAUUUUAUUAACAUGACGGUUUCCUGCGGCUCGACUGGAACGAUCCAGAAGGAAGCACAGCAGCAGCAGCAGCAGCAGCGGAGGCGGUGGAUCGAGAUGCUCCAGCACUGGGCGUCUGCCGGUGUCCAUCAGCAGCUCCAGAGAGACAGGAGUCCAGCACAGCUACAAGAGGACACGCACUGAAACCUGCCCGGAGACACGAGUCGACGCCUUACUGAAGCCCUCAAAUACACAGACACAGCCGAGCCCAUACAGAGCACCAGUGUUAACAGAGAUGAACCCACUGUUCGGGGCUCAAACCUCUGUCCAGCCCCUGACAUGACAUGACGUGACAUGACAUGAUAUGUUCCAGCAGGAAAGGGAGACGGAUUUACGGUCGGUUUCUGGCUUAUGGAGCCCGUAACAUGCGCAGAAAAGUGAACAGUGACACUGCUGGUGCUGAUGCUGAUGCUGCAGGUGCACCUCUGUAAAACUGCAACAGGCCUGUCUCUGUCUGUCUGUGUGUCUCACUGUGGAGGACAAGCAGUUCAACAGCAGAAUCCUGGAGGGGACCGGGGGUGAAACAAAGGGACCCUCAUCAACAUGGUGCGAUGUGGUUUGAAGUGUUCUUGUUUCUUGUGAACUGCAAAAGGGAAGCAACCACGAGGACCACGAAACAACCAGCUCACGGAGGAGGAGGAGGAGGAGGAGGAGGAAGAGGGACGGUGGUCAGUUUGGUGCUUGAAAGGAAAGUGAUAUGGGUGGGGAACCGUUCAGGAUGGCGAACGGUAACGAGAGCGUUGAAGGAUCUUCCGGCUCAUUGGCAGCAGUGGUGGCCACUGUAGGAGGUAUGGCAGCAGAGAGUCCUUCCUCUGCUGUCUCUACCUACAUCAAACUGGUGCUGCUCGGGCUAAUUAUCUGCAUUAGCCUAGUUGGCAACCUGGUAGUAUCCGUGCUGGUACUGCGGGACCGGAGCUUGCACAAGGCACCUUACUACUUUCUGCUGGACCUGUGCCUAGCCGACACCAUUCGCUCAGCCAUCUGCUUCCCAUUUGUGCUGGUGUCAAUAAAGAACGGCUCGGCCUGGACGUACAGUGUGCUGAGCUGCAAGGUGGUGGCCUUCAUGGCCGUGCUCUUCUGUUUCCACGCUGCCUUCAUGCUGUUCUGCAUCAGCGUAACUCGAUACAUGGCUAUCGCACACCACCGCUUCUACUCAAAGCGCAUGACGUUCUGGACGUGUGUGGCGGUGGUGUGCAUGGUGUGGACUCUGUCUGUGGCCAUGGCUUUCCCACCAGUGUUUGACGUGGGCACUUACAAAUUCAUCCGUGAAGAGGACCAGUGCAUAUUUGAGCACCGCUACUUUAAGGCUAACGAUACACUGGGCUUCAUGUUGAUGCUGGCUGUGCUUAUUUUGGCUACACACGUUGUCUACAUGAAGUUAAUCCUCUUUGAAUACAAGCACCGCAAAAUGAAGCCCAUCCAGAUGGUACCGGCCAUCAGUCAGAACUGGACCUUCCACGGCCCGGGAGCCACCGGCCAAGCAGCUGCCAAUUGGAUUGCGGGUUUCGGCAGGGGCCCGAUGCCGCCCACUUUGCUGGGCAUCCGGCAGAACUUACACAACCAGAACCGGCGCCUGCUGGGCAUGGAGGAGUUUAAAGCCGAGAAGCAGCUUGGCAGGAUGUUUUAUGUGAUCACCCUGCUGUUCCUGGUGCUCUGGUCACCGUAUAUAGUAGCCUGUUAUUGGAGGGUGUUUGUCAAGGCUUGCACAAUACCGCACCGGUACCUGUCGACCACUGUGUGGAUGAGUUUCGCUCAAGCCGGCGUCAACCCGAUUGUCUGUUUCUUCUUCAACAAAGACUUGAAGAAAGGGCUCCUUUCCCAUCUACCAGCCUGCUGCAGGACUAAACCUCAUCUGCCACGAGAGCCUUACUGCAUCAUGUAAACAUGGAUAUCGGAGAAUCCAAGGGCCAACCAAAAGAUGCAACGUAGGAACCUUUACACCAGUUACUGUGGUUUUGAUUUGAGUAUUGAGUGGUGAAUGGUGAAAACCCAGGCGUGGUAAGCAUGUAAACCCAUUUGCCAAGUCCAGUUAUUUUAACAGAAAACAUAAAUGGUCAUAUUAAUACUUUUGGUUGUGAUAAAAAAAAAAUCUUUUGCAAUAACAUGCAAAAAAUAUGCCAUUACUGUGGGAACCCAGCCAUAAAACACACCAUCAACAAGAGGAGCAAGAUACAAAAAAAAAAAAAAAAAAAAAAUCUAAAGUAGAUAAUUGUUGAUCAAGUUGUUACUGUGACUCAACAUUUCUAUUUUUUCUUCUGUGUUAAAUUCGUAGGAUCAGUGAUCAGUUUGAAAGAAAGAUGAAUCCGGUGGGUUUAAGUAAUGAGGAUUGGAUCGAGAAAAACAGCCAUUCAGCCUAAUUCCAAUAUAUAUCAAACUUUUACUACUAAAUUAGAAAAUAAUAUCCACGAAUUAGUGAGCUUUUAUAUUGUUUUGUUCGUUUUUACUUUUGAACCAAGUUUGGCCUGCUUGUUGUUUCUGCUGUUUCAGUGUUUACUGAAGUGAAUGUCAGCAUUAUUUCAAUAGAAGCUAAAAGCUACGGAUCCUUAAAUACAGGAAUCAAAACGUUUGUUUUGUGAAUAUUAUUUUAGAUCUCAAUUAGAAAGUUUUAAUUGAGUAGGAGUUAAUUAAUAUAAUGGGGCCAGGUAAUAAGACAUGGUGAUAAAUAAUUUCCAUUUAAGUCAGACUUGAGGGAUUACAAUUUGAGUUUAAAGUCUGAUUCACCCUGUAAACUGUAGUCAUCUAAGUGUUUUAUCAGUAAAAUGUGGUAAAGGUUCAGGAUGAGACCGUGAGACUUGUUCAUGGUCCGGGUGUUGUGAGUG